UUGAAGAAAAGUGUAGAGCAGUAGAAUUAGCUCAUUAUACUUUAAAUUCGCAUGUAGCACAACUUUAUUCACUGGAUUUAACAAUGCUUGGUCGUUGGGUUAAAAAAUUUUCUCAAGAUUCUUCUCCUCAUUCUCAAAAAAAUGCAUGA